CACACCUAGUUACGACAAUAGCGCUGUAACAUUACAAAUUAAAUUACUCCCAGUUUUUAAUUCUUUUUUCUCUCUAUUUUUUCGCUCUCUUUAUCAUACCCACCGCCUUCAUCCUUAUUCUCUCUUUCAAAACCCCUCUUUUCUAUCUGCUAGGGUUAGGGUUAGGGUUUUACUCUCUUCCUUCUUCACCGAAUCUUCAUUAUCGAUCUCUCCCUUGUUGCCGGAAUCUUCUUCUCGUUCUUCCCAUUCUUCGUCCCGGAUCUCGAUCUAUGGAUAUUCGCAAAAGAGGAAGACCCGAACAUGGAUUCAACACCAAUGGUGGAUUCAAGAAAUCAAGACAAGAAAUGCAGUCCUUAUCAACUGGUGUAGGAAGCAAAUCGAAGCCAUGUACCAAGUUUUUCAGCACUUCUGGCUGCCCCUUUGGUGAGAGCUGCCACUUCUUGCACCAUGUUCCUGGUGGUUAUAAUGCUGCUGCCCAGAUGAUGAAUCUAACACCUGCAGCAGCACCUGCACCCAGAAAUGUUGCACCCCCACCACAUGUACCCAAUGGGUCCGCACCAUCUGCUGUUAAAAGCCGCAUAUGUAACAAGUUUAAUACUGCUGAAGGCUGCAAAUUUGGUGACAAAUGCCAUUUCGCCCACGGUGAAUGGGAACUUGGGAAGCCUGUUGCUCUGUCAUUUGAUGAUCACCGUGGCAUGGGACCACCCAACGUAGGUCGUUUUGGUGGCCAUCGGAUGGAGCCCCCUCCUGGUCCAACUACCAGCUUCGGGGCCAAUGCCACUGCCAAGAUCAGUGUAGAAGCUUCUCUGGCUGGAGCAAUCAUUGGUAAGGGUGGUGUGAACUCAAAACAGAUCUGUCGCCAAACUGGAGCCAAACUUGCAAUUCGAGAGCAUGAAGCUGAUCCAAAUCUUAGGAACAUUGAACUUGAGGGAACUUUUGAACAAAUUAAGGAUGCAAGUAACAUGGUGAAGGAUUUACUUUUGACCCUGCAAAUGUCUGCACCACCUAAAACAUCCCAAGGAGGAGAACGAGGAGGAGGCCCUGGUGGCGCCCCUGGUCAUCAUGGAAGCAAUUUUAAAACAAAACUGUGUGAGAAUUUUACAAAGGGAUCUUGCACUUUUGGAGAAAGAUGUCAUUUUGCACAUGGAGCUGCUGAUUUACGUAAAUGAAAACUUUACCUUAGUGAGGUGGCGCAUUAUCUUAUCAGUCAGGACUAUUUUUAUUAUUAUUGCUGUGCAAUGCUACUUAGGGCACUGACAGGACAUCUGAUGUUAAGAGUUUUGUUGUUUUUGUUUCCUUUAAAAUAGCAACAUUAGAUUUCCAAUUUAAAUUUUUCCCUUCAUUUAUGUAAUUGUAGUUGUGUUUUGUUUUCUCAUGCCUUACAGUGAUCUUAGUCACUGUCUUUUUAAA